UGUUUUCCCUUUGCAGCUGGGCAAUCGCAGGCGGUGUCAGCAGAGAGAGAGAAUCGAUAGCACAGAGUCCGCGGACGUGGAGCCCCCAGCGAAUACCAAAAAGCGAGAGAGAGAGAGAGAGCAAGAGGAGAGCCCAAAAUGAACACACAAAUCGCAAUCCUUGUGGCGGCCCUCAUGAUGCACUGCAUCCAGGCCGUGGAGUUCACCUUCGACCUGGCCGACAACGCGGAGGACUGCUUCUACGAGGAGAUCAAGAAGAACUCGAGCGCCUACUUCGAGUUCCAGGUCUCCGCCGGCGGCCAACUGGACGUCGAUGUGACGCUGAAGGAUCCGCAGGGCAAGGUCAUCUACAAGCUGGAGAAGGCCACCUUCGAUAGCCACCAGUUCGUGGCGGAGACGACGGGCGUCUAUACCGCAUGCUUCGGCAAUCAGUUCUCGGCCUUCUCGCACAAGAUCGUCUACGUGGACUUCCAGGUGGGCGAGGAGCCGGCCCUGCCCGGCGUGGAUGAGCACGCCACCGUGCUCACCCAGAUGGAGACCUCCUCGCAGGCCAUACACAAGGGCCUCAACGACAUCCUCGACGCCCAGACGCAUCAUCGGCUGCGGGAGGCGCAGGGACGCAAGCGGGCCGAGGAUCUCAACCAGCGGGUGAUGGUCUGGUCCUCCCUGGAAACGGCCGCCGUCAUCCUGAUCGGCCUCGUCCAGAUCAUGGUGCUGCGCAACUUCUUCACGGACCGAAAGCCCAGCCAGGCGCACUACGGGCGGCUCUAGAGGAUCGGAUUGAUCUAGCUUUGUGUAAGAAGCCCUUCGGAAGGGAAGGGAACCAUCCAAAUCCCCCCAGAAAAAUGUUGUCAAUCUCGUCUUAGCCACAACGUAUUCAUUCCCCCCCCCCUCCCCCUCAAGGGCGUUUUCUUUAGGGGAGAAAAAAAUAACCCCCCCUAAACGACAUGUAAUAUUUUUUUGUUAAGACCCCAACCGGAAAAACAGAAUGGUUUUUUUUUUUAUUAAAUACAUGCAAAAGCAACCAUAACUCGAUAGCUAAAGGUAAA